AAUUGGGAAACUGGGAAGUGGGAACACCUUUUAGUACAUUUUUAAGUAAGUAGCAAGACGUUUAAGUAUUUUAGUUCUGUUCCGAUUAGCGCUAUUAAUUUCGGGUGCUUAGUUAAGCUAGUAAUGUGAGAUAUGAGUAAUGCUUAACAUUUAAUAAAAGUGCUUCUCGGCGACUGCUUCGGUCAGUCUGCCUUGUGUCAACGUUUCAAGAGCACAGUGCGCCAUUGAGUUCUCGUGAUAAAAAAAAAACAAGGAAUGUGUUUAACGUUUCUCGUUAUUUUAGUGAAACAACGAUUAGUGUCCUGUUGCGUGAUGCGGCAAAUAGAUAUUUACUAGAUAAUUUUAUCAGUUAUGGCAGACUGUUCAGUUAAUCGCAGUAAGAAAAAGUGUUGCUCAUUUUCAAGGAAUGGAUUUCAGUUACAACCAUGGUUUUGGUGUUUAUUACUGCAGUGUUUAACUAUACCUUGUAUACUUUCGAAGUGUCUCAACGUAGAUAUAACAGUUGCUGUAUACCCCCAAGGUGAAAUUCGUGUCCGCUAUGGUGAUCCACUUGAAAUAUUUUGUGUUGCUGAAAAUAAUUAUACUUCAAGUGAUAUCGAGUUCACUCUUGCUGGUAAGCAUGUGGACUCGGAGAUUAUUAACAGUACAACACGAAGACUGUAUAUGAGAAAACCUGAUAAGCAAGUAAAUGCAUACUAUUGUCGGAAUAACAAAACCAAUAAAAUAUGUACUACCAGGGUGCUGGUGGACUCCCCACCUGCAGACAUUACAGACUUCAACUGUUUAUCAAACAACAUGGAAAUACUGAACUGCUCUUGGUCAUAUCCUGAGAACUUAAGCAGUAUUAAUUAUUCUCUAACAUUUUCAACAAAUGGAAACAUUGUAACCCCUUCUUGCUUAGCACAGAGGGUGGAGAACACCAACACAAAAUUCUGUGUGUGGAACACAACAAGUCAACCUCGCUAUAGACAACAAGAGGUAUACCAGUACUUCUACUUGACAUCAUGUAAUGUAUUUGGCUGUAAUUAUCAAAACUUUACUAUUGACCACUACUCAAUAGUCAAACCAGAGCCACCUUCAGAACUUAGGGUUGUUAAAAAUGGCACACACAGUGUCGUCCUUAAAUGGAGUGUUCCUCACAAUGUUGUAGACUUUUUGCUGUGUGGUGUGGAGCAUAUUAUAGAAUAUCAGAUAGCUAAAAUUGAUAAUACAACAUAUUUUCACAGAGUAGAUACUUCUGCAUUGCCACCCAGAAAUAAAACAUAUAAAUUUCAAUUAAGUAAUUUGCCCUUUGCACAUAUGCAAUAUGAGGUCCGUAUAUAUAUCAAAUCAAAGAGAGCAACCAAAAGGGAGUUUUGGUCAGAUUAUAGCUACACAGUGUUUUACACAGCUAGCGAGAGACCUAACAGACCUCCGGAUAUGAUAGCAGGUGCUUUUAAUCAAGGUACUUUUAAUGAUAGGAGAGUUAUAAAUGUUUAUUGGAAACAACUUGAAGAAUAUGAAGAAGCCGGAGCCAACUUUACUUACAAGGUUCUGGUGCAGCAAGAUAAUAACACACAAACAAUAUUUGCUGAUAAAAAUAAAAGUUUAAGUUAUGUUAAACUUAAUGUAUCGGAAAAUGCACUUGAUGUAACUGUGUGGUCCUUCAAUAUGAAUGGAUCAUCUCUUAACAGCAGUCAUCUGUAUAUUCCUCCAGAAAAAGAUAUUCAUUCAUUAGGAUUGGCUUCAUUUACAAAGUUGGCUUAUGAAAAUGGUACCUAUGAAUUAUCUUGGGUUGGAAUAAAAAAUAUUGAUAAUUAUACCCUGUUCUGGUGCCAACACAAUAGCACACAGAUUUGUAAUGGAAGGAUGGACUUUGCUGUAUUAGAUCCCCAAAAAAGUCGACAUGUAAUUGAUUUACCAAGAGAAUAUAGGUUUCAAUUUGCAAUAUCUGCUAAUAAUGGAACUAAAACUAGUGGAAUGGUUUGGGCUAAGUGUGAUAUAUCAAGGGAUGGAUUUGUUAUGUAUGGAUUCCCUGUAAAGUUGGAUUAUGAUGUGCCUGGAAAGACAUUUGUAGUUUUAAGAUGGAUAAUGGAUUGUGCUUUGCAAGAAGGUAUUAUAACCGGCUACAACAUCAGUUAUUGUCCUAUUGUGCGGACUAGUAGUUAUUGUGAUAAAUCAGUUGAGAGUAAACAUGUGUUCAUACCGAAUCCAAGACAAAUGUAUGUUAAAAUAGAACAUUUGUUGCCUUACAGAACUUAUCAGUUUACAUUGUCUUUAAGUACUAUUUAUGGCCAAAAGAAUAUUGAAAAUGCUACAACAGUCUUAACAACUUCUGAGGAUACUCCUACAAGUCCUGUUAAUGUUGUGAUAUCAGAUGUGAAAAAUGAUUCCCUAGUUAUUGAAUGGAAUCCCCCUGUACAGAGGAAUGGGAACAUAGGAAAAUAUGUUAUUUAUAAUUAUGAUAAAAAGAUAUAUGUGGACACAGUAUCUGAGACAGAUACAUCAAGAAAGAUUACAUUAACAGGCUUACAAGGUUUUACUAACUAUUCAUUGACAGUACAAGCAUGUAAUAUGGCUAUUAAUUCAUGUUCUAAGGUUAACCCCAAUGAUGCAGUAUUUGUCAGAACAAGAAUUGCAGCUCCCAGUAGAUUGAAAGCGCCAACAGUAAAAAAUAAUCCCGAUAUGUUAAAAUGGGAGCCACCUGUUGUACCAGGAGGCACUGUGGACUUGUAUCAAAUCAGGAGGAUAAAGGAUGAUGGGGAACCUGAAAUAUUGAACACUACAAAUUUGAUGUAUACUCUGAUUCACUGUGAAGGUGUUGUUUCAACUGAAACCUACCAGGUGAGGGCUGUGAAUUUUGAUGAAGAUUUAUAUCAUGGAGUUAUAGGCCAAGUAGCAGCUUCCGCAAGAACUCAUCAAACUAUUGAUGAAUAUCCAGGGCCAUGGAGUGAGCCAAGCACUGUGGCAUGUAGAAGCAGAGAUGGCCUUGCGAUGAUCUUCAUAAUAAUGGCUAUUUUUGUGCUUGUUGCCAUUGGAUAUGGGUCUUUCAAAUUGUACAAGAAAUAUAGAAAAAUGGAAGACAUCAAACCAGUUUUACCAUAUGGAUUAGGGGAACCAGAAAAAGACCGUACUAAAUUUUCAUAUCCAGAUUGGAAUCCAUCCAGCAAAGAUGAAAAACCAUCUUCAGAUGAAAUGUUGCUCUUGCCAAACAGUAUAGUUACAUCAAGUGAUACAAAAAAUAAAGAUGACAACUGUGCAGCUAGUGAUCACACUGAUAGCACUGCUCUGUCAGACUCCACAAGAGCUCCAGUGGACAGGCAAGCUUCUACAUCUGAUGAUGGAUCAAAUUCAUCUCUACACCUUGAAGGUGAAGCCGAUAAAGCAGACAUCAGUACUGUGGUUCAAGAUGAUUCCUCAAAUGUAGACACAGAGAGUUCAUGUGAGAAUUCUCCAUACCUUAGUGACAAGGAUUUCAAGAAGAAUCCAGCUAGUGGAUAUGUUCAACAAGUGGUUAACCCAGCAAAAGGCUAUGUGCGAUCAGCUCCACCACCAAUAAAGAAUCCACAGCCAGUGGCUACUGUACAGCCAGCUAGUUCUGGAUAUGUAAUGGCAGGACUAACACCACCUAUGUUUGGAGCUGGAGCAGCUUCCAAAGCUACUGUUCCAGCCCCAUCAAGUGGUUAUGUACUGCCAGAAGAAGCUCAGCAAAAAUCAACUAUGAACUUCUCAAAUCUUACCCAAGCAUUGCCAAAACUUCAAGGGCCUGAAAACUUGCCAUCGUUGCCAACCUUGCCACCACCAGUCAAACCAAAUUCAGAUAGCAGCUAUAUACAACUACAAUCUCUAGAUUCUCUAUCUAGUCUUAAGCCAAGUGUGCGCAACACAGUGCCAUUAAAGCAACCUACUUCAAGUGGUUAUGUAAGCCCUGGAGACAUGGUUAUUAAUAAGCAUUUAAACAAUAUGCUGUCAGCAGGUCAAGUGUUAGAAGAGUCCGCAAUUUUGGAUCCUACAAUGUCUCCUGAUGCCUAUUGUCGAUUCUCAUGGAGUACUGACCCUGCCAAUGAUAACCUACAUUCAUUAUUGGCAGACCCAAGUACAAGAAAUGUCCCUAAGAAUUAAAGUUGAU